UUAAAAAGGUUAAGAUUGAAGCAAGUUACACUGUACUUUUUGCAUUGUUUUUAUCAAAAUUAAUUUUCUUAAUUUUACCACGUAAAAUCAAGUUUAACUAAGUCUAUAAGUAUUUCAUCAAGUAAAAUCAACUACGGUAAACAGCAUAGAGUAAAUUGUGCAGUGAAAAACCUGAUAAUUGCAUGUUAAUUUCAAGUUCGGCUAAAUUAUGGGAGAAAAUUUAAUUAAAAUUGAUAUUGAAUGGGGACACGAAAGGCUAGUAAGAGCUCAGCAAACAGUUGAAUUGCGUCCAUACGACAUUGAAAGCUGGUCUAUAUUACUGAGAGAAGCACAAUCACGAAAUUGUAAUGAAGUUCGGUCGCUUUAUGAAUCACUUGUGGCUAUUUUCCCAACAACUGCUCGUUACUGGAAGAUAUACAUUGAGCAGGAAAUGAAAUCAAAGAAUUUUGAAAGAGUUGAGAAGCUUUUCCAGCGAUGUCUUGUGAAAAUUCUAAACCUUGAUUUGUGGAAACUUUAUCUUACUUAUGUUAAGGAAAAUAAGGCAGGACUAAGUACACACAAGGAAAAGCUUGCACAAGCCUAUGACUUUGCUCUCGAGAAAAUAGGAAUGGAUCUUCAUUCUUUCUCAAUCUGGUCUGAUUACAUCAACUUUUUAAAGAGUUUCGAGCCAAUUGGAAGUUUUGCUGAGAAUCAAAAAAUCACUGCAAUCCGCAAAGUUUAUCAGAAAGCAGUUUUGACACCAAUUAUUGGUAUAGAAGUGCUUUGGAAGGAAUACAUUCAAUUUGAGCACAACAUCAAUCCAGUCAUUUCUGAGAAAAUGAGCUUGGAAAGAUCGCGAGACUAUAUGAAUGCUCGACGUGUCGCUAAGGAACUUGAAAAUAUCACAAAAGGCUUAAAUAGGAACUUACCAGCUGUUCCACCAACAUUGUUGAAAGAAGAAUUUAAACAGGCUGAAUUGUGGAGAAAGUUCAUCAAUUUUGAAAAGUCAAAUCCGCUCAGAAGUGAAGAUACAGCACUAGUUUCCCGGCGUGUCAUGUUUGCGACAGAACAGUGCUUGCUAGUUAUGUGUCAUCAUCCUUCCUUCUGGAUCAUGGCAGCGCAAUAUUUGGACAUAACUGCAAAGCACUUGACCGAAAAAGCCGACACAAAUGCAGCAAAAAUAUUUUACGAUGAAGUUUCAAAUAUCUUAGAAAGAGCCAUAAAUGGAGUUAUGGUCAAAAAUGCUUUGAUUUAUUUCAUAUUUGCUGAUUUUGAGGAAGGUCGAUUAAAGUACGAAAAAGUCCAUCAAAUGUACAACAAGUUCUUAUCAAUUCCUGAUAUUGAUCCUACUUUGAUUUACAUCCAAUACAUGAAAUUCACAAGACGAGCCGAAGGAAUCAAGACAGCACGUGGAGUUUUUAAGAAAGCAAGAGAAGAUGUUCGAUCACGUUAUCAUGUCUUUGUGGCUGCUGCUUUAAUGGAAUAUUAUUGUAGUAAGGAUAAGGACAUAGCAUUUAGAAUUUUCGAGCUAGGUCUGAAGAGAUUUGGGGGCAGUCCUGAAUAUGUCUUGUGCUACAUCGACUACUUAUCGCAUUUAAAUGAGGAUAAUAAUACACGAGUUCUAUUUGAGAGAGUUCUAUCCAGUGGAGGGCUUACAAAUCAAUUGUCUGUCCAGAUCUGGAACAAGUUCUUAGAGUUUGAAUCAAAUAUUGGCGAUUUGUCAUCAAUUGUUAAAGUAGAGCGUCGUCGAAGUGCUGUUUUAGAGAACUUGAAAGAAUAUGAAGGCAAAGAGACAGCACAAUUGAUUGAUCGAUAUAAGUUCCUAGAUUUAUUUCCAUGUACUCAGCCAGAGCUUAAAUCUGUUGGAUAUCAUGAAAUCUCGUCAAUCAGUACAGGUCAAAAAGUUGUUCAGCAAAAUCCAGAGGAAGAGGAAUCACAAAAGGUCUUGCCGCGACCUGAUUUCUCUCAAAUGAUUCCUUUUAAACCAAAAGCUAAUGCUUAUAAUGGAGAACAUCCAAUGGGAGGCGGCACAUUUCCACAACCACCAGCUUUGGCUGCAUUAUGUGCUAUUAUACCACCUCCUGUAUGCUACAGAGGACCAUUUGUGUCUGUUGAUAAGCUCAUUGAUGUCUUUAAUCAGAUCAAAAUUGACACUCCAGUUCCUGUUGCUGAGAAUGGGUUAGACACGAAGUUGUUUGAUUUAGCCAAAUCAGUCCAUUGGAUUGUAGACGAAAGUCAUCAAUACACAAAUGAAGGUAUGAAGAGACGUCGAAUUUUGCCAGGCGGUGGAGAUGAUUCAGAUGAUGAAAAUGCAGCAAACCCACCUGCAAAUGAUAUAUAUCGAUUGAGACAGCAAAAACGUUUAAUCAAAUAAGUCUAUGUUAAAAUUUUCGAUAUCUACUUGAAUGAAUAAAUUUUUUUAA